UUUGCCUUAUUGUUUAUAAUGUCAUACAUGUGUCCAUUGAUAUGUCAUUUAGUUAUAUUCAGUCUAUAUUUGGGACUGAAAUUUGCCAACAAUUAAGUGCUGAGAAAAUAUUUUUCUCCAUAUCAUUGAUGUCAGUGUUUAAGGAAAUCCUAUCGAAGUUAUCAUAUGUUUAUAAUACCGCUGGCAUUAUGUACGUAUCGUUCAAUCGUUUCAAUGAAUUUCUCAAUUUAGAUGAACAUAACAACUAUGUGACCAAUAAUACUGAUAGCAAUAAUAAUAAUAUGAUUGAUAUAAAUGGGGCAACACUUUCGUGGGACACACCUAACGGUGAAACCAUUGGUGACGAUGAUGUUAUAAAGGACUAUACAUUAAAUCAAAUAGAUUUGCAUAUCCGGGACGGUAUGUUUGUAGCCAUAGUAGGCGAUGUCGGCUCUGGUAAAAGUUCACUGCUGUCGGCCAUUAUCGGCGAUAUGGAACUGAUUGACGGGACAGUCAAUGUUAGACCGGGUGUUAAUAUGGCAUACGUUCCACAACAGGCAUGGAUACAGAAUGCAACCAUCAAACAGAAUAUUAUGUUUGGAAAGCCGUUCGAUGAGGAACUGUAUGACCGGGUGAUAGAUAGCUGUGCUCUCAGACCUGACUUAAGACAACUGGCCGGCGGAGACCAGACAGAAAUUGGUGAGAAAGGUAUUAAUCUGAGUGGCGGUCAAAAACAGAGACUUAGUUUAGGCCGAGCCGUCUAUUCCGGUGCCGAUCUAUACCUACUCGACGAUCCACUUUCUGCAGUGGACAGUCAUGUGGGCAAACAUUUGAUGACUGAAGUAUUGGACUCGAAAACCGGUAUUUUAGGUUCAAAAACCCGAUUGUUGGUCACAAAUCAAUUGUUUAUGUUAGCCGAUUGCGAUCUAAUAGUUGUACUGAAAAAUGGCAAAAUUAUAUCUACCGGUACUUACGGACAGCUAUUACGCGAUAGUAAUUAUUUUCAACAAUUAAUUAAUCAAUAUUUUAGUGAACGGGUCGAUGAUAAUAAUAAUGAUGAUGAAGAUAGUAAACGGAACGAUAGUUUGGAGACAACUGUUUUUAAUAAUAAUAAUAAUAAUAAUAAAAAUAUUAUUGCCAAUAAUGAUGAUGGUGAAAUUAGUAUUGAACAAUUUAAUAAUAAUAAUAAUAGUGACAAUAUAGUUGCCAAUAAUAAUAAUAAUGAACAUGCACAAUUAAUUGAUGAGGAGGGUGCCCAAAGUGGGCUAAUAACUAUGAAGAUAUUUAUCAAAUAUGUCCGAUCCAUUAACAUAAUGUUUCUGCUAAUUUGCCUACCGGUGCUCACAUUGAACACUGCUGUCAACUACGGCAUAAACUUUUGGCUGGCCUACUGGUCCAAACAGGUUGCCACCGGUUUGGAUACCCGUAGUUCACUAUUUUAUAUGUUAAUAUUUGGCGCAUUGAUACUUGGUCAGUUUAUUCUGCAAACAGUCUACCGAUUUGUGUACGCCAUAAGCAUUAUACGCACCUGUAUCCGAUUGCAUCGUAAACUGUUGGCACGUGUUAUGCACGCACCCAUGGAGUUUUUCGAUACGACACCAUUGGGUCGUCUAUUGAAUCGUUUCAAUAAGGAUAUGUAUCUGAUUGACAUACAUUUGCCAGUUAUGUUCAGUCAAGUAUUAGAUUAUUGUCUACAAUGUAUUGGUAUUGUUGUGUCGAUUUCAAUACUGACGCCAAUGUUUUUGAUACCAUUGGCAGUGACUGUCGUUGUCUACUAUUUUCUACAGAACAUUUAUAUAAAAGCAUCGUGUCAAUUGAGACGUUUAGAGUCUAUCAGUCGAUCGCCAAUUAAUUCACAUUUAGAGGAAACACUUAACGGCUUAUCCAGUAUUAGGGCCUAUGAUUGUAGGGAUAGGUUUAUACGGGAAUCGGAUAAUAGGAUUGACAACAAUUCAAAAUGUUUGUAUCCGUAUAUUGUGGCCAACAGUUGGCUAUUAACGCGUCUACAAGUGCUAAGCAGUAUACUUGUACUGUUUGCUGCCGUUUUUGGUGUUAUCAAUAAGGAUAGGCUGACCGGUGCCGACAUUGGACUCUCGCUGGCAAAUGCCAUAACAUUGACCGGUAUUUUGGAGUUUUUUAUCGAUUCAUUGGCUCAAACCCAGGCAAAUCUGGUAUCGUUUGAACGGAUUGAUGAAUAUUGCGGUUUGAAUACAGAAGCCGACUGGCAAUCGGCUACCAAAUUGCCAGAUAACUGGCCAGAAAAAGGUUGUGUCCGUUUUGAUGGAUACGGUACUCGCUAUAGACAGGGCUUGGAUUUAGUUAUCAAAGGUAUCGAUAUUGAUAUCAAAUCUGGAGAAAUGAUCGGUAUUGUUGGCCGAACCGGUGCUGGAAAGUCAUCGCUAACACUGGCAUUGUUUCGACUUAUUGAGCCAGCAAUGGGUCGUAUAGUUAUCGAUGGCAUAGAUAUCAGUCAAUUAGGUCUACACGAGCUGAGGUCGCGGUUGACUAUUAUACCACAAGAACCGGUACUGUUUUCGGGAACUAUUCGCUCAAAUUUGGAUCCGUUCGACAAGUUUUCCGACGACGAUCUCUGGUCAGUGUUAGAACAGUCGCAUCUCAAAGAGUUUGUACUGUCGACUGAUGCCGGUCUCGACCAUCCGGUUACCGAAUCGGGUGAUAACAUGAGUGUCGGUCAGCGACAACUUGUAUGUCUGGCUCGGGCUCUACUCCGACACACGUCUAUCCUUAUCCUCGAUGAGGCCACGGCUGCCGUCGAUGUCGAGACCGAUGCACUCAUUCAGCAAACUAUUAGACAGGAGUUUAAGUCGUGUACUGUCUUAACGAUUGCCCACCGAAUCAAUACAAUCCUUGAUUACGAUCGGGUGUUAGUCCUAAGCGAUGGACGGGUAGCCGAGUUUGACUCACCCGACAAACUGCUUGACGACAGGACAACCAUUUUCUACUCACUGGCCAAAGAUGCCGGUGUUAUAUGA